UCAUCAACCCAGGAUGGAACUGACACCAGUCUAUUGGAUUCUCUUGCUUUUCAUCUCCAGAGUGGCUGCAGGUCAGUCUCCAGGUUCUCUGAUUGUCAGACCCAACAGACAUCAGUUCUUUGAAUAUGAGUCUGUCUCUCUGAGCUGUGAGGUUCAGGGGAACACUACUGGAUGGAGAGUGGUGAAGAACCCAGCACAUGGAAACCUUACACAAUGUGGUGAUGUCUGGGGAAAGUUAGAAGGGAUCAACUGCAACAUCGCCUCAACCAAAUCAGUAGACAGUGGAGUUUACUGGUGUCAGUCUGAAUCUGGAGAACACAGUAAUACUGUCAACAUCACAGUAACUGAUGCUCCUGUGAUCCUAGAGAUUCCCAUCCUCCCUGUGACUGAGGGACAUUCUGUGACUCUCAGCUGCAGACAUCAGGAAACUCCCUCUGACCUCACAGCUGAUUUCUACAAAGAUGGAUCCUUCAUCAGGACUGAGUCUACAGGAGAGAUGACCAUCCCUGCAGUUAACAAGUCAGAUGAAGGAUGGUACUUGUGUCAACACUCUAAAGGAAACUCCCCAAACAGCUGGAUGAAUGUGACAGCCUGA